AACAACACAUGGGACAACAUGGCGAUGUCCUCGCGCAUGCUAUUCUUGUGCCGUUUGACAGGCCAAUCUUUAGGGACUGUACUCGGUCACAGCCGUGGAAAAAAACUCGUAGCCCAAAGAUGGUAUAUUACUACCAGUGCGAGGAACAAACUACAGUUUAAACUUGAUGAGCAGACAGCCCAUAGCAGUCUUGAUCUUUUUAAGAAGGACACGGGUGUGAUCUAUCGAAUGCUAGGCCUGGACCCCUCUGUCGUUAAGGAUACCCCCCUCCGAUUCCGGGACUGGGCUGUGGUUCUUGCUGACACCCAGAUUGACUCUGGACGGCACUACUGGGAGGUCACAGUUCAGAAGUCCCAUGAGUUCCGAGUGGGAGUGGCUGAAGUGUCGACAUCACGCGAUGAAUGUGUGGGCACAAAUUCCACUUCCUGGGUGUUUGCUUUUGUCCAGAGGAAGUGGUUUGCUAUGACCACCGGUAAGCAGGUCCCAGUGCCACUGGUGGGGAAACCCGAUCGGGUCGGGCUCUUGCUGGACUAUGAAGCUGGACGGCUCAGUCUUGUGGACACCCAGAAAGCUGAAGUGGUGCACACUAUAAAAACACGGUUCCGCUCACCCAUCUCUCCUGCAUUUGCACUCUGGGAUGGAGAGCUGCUUACACACUCUGGACUGGAGAUACCACCAGGGAUUCAGUGACACCCACUUGCUUAUGCACACAUGGAUGCUACAUGCCUCUUAAUGGAUAGAGAAGGUGGAACAGAGGCUUUAUGGAAAGACUAAAGCAAUUGUGAUGGGAACAGCACUUUCAAAUUACUGUCCUAAACUAACUGAAUUAAGCUGAGUAAUUUUCCCAGAUCUGUCUGUAUGUUCAGCUGAUGAGAAUAUCCUCACAAUUUACUGAUUGUGAUAAUGCAGAUGAACUAAUGAAUCUGUAUAUACACAUAUACUGUAAGAAUACUCGAUACUCGUAAGUCCAUUUUCAUUUUAUGUUUCGCAUCGGUGCUCGAUUACGGUGUGUUGAAUUCAGCUAUAUGAGAGAAGUUUUUCUUUAAAAAGACACUUUUCACCAGUAAUAAUUCUUUAUUUACAGUUCAUACACUCCAUCAUCCUUUUUCUUUGUCUGUUUCAUUCUGUACACUUUACAUAUACACUACCGGUUAAAAGUUUUGAAACACUUGACUGAAAUGUUUCUCAUGAUCUUAAAAAUCUUUUGAUCUGAAGGCGUAUGCUUAAAUGUUUGAAAUUAGUUUUGUAGACAAAAAUAUAAUUGUGCCACCGUAUUAAUUUAUUUCAUUAUAAAACUAAAAUGUAAUUAAAAAAAAAAAAGUUUUUGAAAUUGAUGACUUGGACCAAAUAAUAAAGAAAAGCAGCCAAUAAGUGCCCAACAUAGAUGGGAACUCCCAGGGUGAUACCUCAAGAAGUUGGUUGAGAAAAUGUCAACAGUACACAGAUUCUAGGCAAAGGGUGACUACUUUGAAGAUGCUAAAAUAUAACACAGUUUUGAUUUUUUUUGGAUUUUAUGUAGUCACAACAUAAUUCCCAUAGUUCCAUUUAUGUUAUUCCAUAGUUUUGAUGACUUUACUAUUAUUCUAAAUGUGAAGAUUUUUUUUUUAAUAAUAAAUAAGUGUUUCAAAACUUUUGACCAGUAGUGUACUUUUUCACAUUCAUUUAGAACUAAAACACACCGUAACUUAACCUAAAUGUUAUUUCCCUGUCCAAUCCAAGUUCAGUUUUAUAUCCAGCAAUAAAGUUUGCAGACUCAA